AUGGAGCCCUCGCCCAAGGACGGCGAGAGCGCGGCGGCCGCCGAGCCCGGGCGGGGCGGCGCGGCCCCGUCCAGCGGCGUGGUGGUGCAGGUCCGGGAGAAGAAGGGCCCCCUGCGCGCCGCCAUCCCCUACAUGCCCUUCCCCGUGGCCGUCAUCUGCCUCUUCCUCAACACCUUCGUGCCGGGGCUGGGCACGUUCGUGUCGGCCUUCACCGUGCUCUGCGGGGCCCGCACCGACCUUCCCGACCGGCACCGGUGCUGCGUCUUCUGGCUCAACAUCGCCGCCGCCCUCAUCCAGAUCCUCACGGCCAUCGUCAUGGUGGGCUGGAUCAUGAGCAUAUUCUGGGGCAUGGACAUGGUCAUCCUGGCAAGCUACAAGGAGCAGGGGAUCCCACAGCAGCUCUAGUGGCUGGGACAAGUGUGGUCAGAGAAACGCGGCGAGAGAUUUCCUCUGGCAGCCUCUGGGCCACGGACCUUUUCAUUACCCUUUGUCUCUCUUCUUGUCCCUUUGUUUUGUCUCCCUGUGUCUGCCCGUGCCCGUCCAGCGGAGCGGAGAUGCAGAGCGGCCGGCGCAGACUUGCACUGACGCCCCGAGCAGCCGAGAUGAGGCGAGCACGGCUUGGCUUGGACUGGUCCCAGCCCACCAGGAGGACGAGGGUGCCAGGACAAGGACACACCCUUGGCAAAGGUGGCACCUGGGUGGGCAGCUGAACCAAGGCAGGGAGAGAUCCUGCCUUCACUCUGCUCCCAGGGGGAUGUCGCUGAAGAUGUUCUGCCUUCUUUUUGUGCUUGCUGGUUGUGAAAAUCAAAUGCCAAGGAGCUGUUCAUAGAUACACGUACAGGAUAUAAAAGCAAACCAGUGGUACUUCCUUCCUGCCCCGAGAGUCCAUCUGUGACUGCUUUGCAGCAUUGGGGGGUCCAACCCAGCCCCCUCUGCUGCCUGUGUAUGUAAGAUGUUCACUGAAGCUCUGUCCCUGCAGAUGUCUUGAGAAACGUGCUUGCUGUAAAUCCUAUUGUACUGCUGAUGUGACCGGGGCCAUCCCCUGCUUCCACCCGCUGCCACCAUGCAAGGACCAGAGCUGCCAUCAGCCCAGGGGACACUUUUCCUAGCACAGGACUGGUGUCCUGCAGCACCUCGCCUCUAGGGCAGCAAGUACUGCCCAAAGCCUCUCAUAUGAAACAAUACUGGGGGAGCCAAAGAACCUUUCCUGCCCCUGGAAGGGACUUGCUGGCAGUGUCUCCAUGCUUUGGAAAUGGAUCCCCUCAGAGCACGACAAGUGCUCCUGGCUGAAGCAGCAGCCCAGCUCUGCUUGCCCAGGGUAAAAUUUACCACCCAGCGUUUUCACACCACCUCCUGAAGCACUGCAGAGGGGACAACACCUCCCUCCACCUCCUGUGGGAGCUGUGACCAGCUGCAAACCAGCACAGCCAGAGGGCACAGCCAGAGCCUCUCCUCUGGUCCCAAGUGCAUGGCCCCCAGCUAACCCAGCACCAUCAGCUGCUUUGUACAUGUAGAUGUUUGACAUGCGAGUUUUACAGCUAAAGAGUGAUCGUGGGUAAUGAAGAAUAAAUGCAGUUGCUGCACCCCCAUCUGCCAGCAACACAGAAUUUUUCUGCUGCUCCUUUCUGAUUAUGCAGGUUUCUCAAAAAAACAAACAAACAAA